AUGAACGGUCUACUUCUACCCACCGGCUCCAAGCAGCCCUUGCGCGGCGAUACCUCCCUCCAUGCUACUCCACAUUCGCCCGUCAAAGUCGAAAGCCCCAUCCUGACGAGCCAUGUCAAGACCGAGAUCCACUCACCAACAGCUUCAGCGCCAGUUCCACAUGACUUUUGUAGUAUCACAGCUAGCUUGCGCCCGUCUCUCACGUCACCUUUAUUGCAAACAAGCGCAUUCAUUACCACCAGCGCAGCACAAGAUGGACUUGGCAGUUUCUCGUCCACUUCAAGUGGAACAGCUGCUGCUGCUGCUGCUGCACUAGCAUUCAUCCCAAGGACGUCGCGCAACUCGGCUGCCGUGCAGAAGCCCAUCCAUCUCUGCUCGGAAUUCGAGCUCGAGCAGCGGCUCGAUCGCAACGAGCGCAUUCUCUCGACGCUCCAAGCCACGCAGAGUCCAACUAAAGACCGACUUCGCUCCGAGACCGAAGCCAUCCGCGAUGCAAUUCUUUCCCACCGUGCCAUGCGUGACGUCAAUGACGGCAUCUCGUCAGUACAGCUAAACAAUCCCACCAAACAGGCCGAGCUCGAAUCAGCCCUGCUUGGCCUAUCGGUCAAAGAUGCAUCCCAGCUCGGAACUAGCCCGCCAUCCGAAGCUUUUGGCUGGUCGCGCGACACGGUCGCCGUCAAGAAGAAGCUCGCACAGUCAUCCGGCGCCUAUCAUCCUGGUCGCAAAGUGCAAACCAUGGGAUAUGAGCAGUCGCUGGCCAUCCAGUCUGCAGCUCUGCUUGCUGAGCGCGAGCGUGAAAGACUGAAGAGCGUACCGCCGCCACGCGAAAGGCCUUCGUUGGGUGUGCCUAGUGGCGCAGCGCAUAGACUUGGCCGCAAAUCCGUCUCGUCGUGUUCGCGUUCGAUGCGCAAGAGUUCGGCCUCUCACUCGAUAUCACCACCCAGCGCUUUGCGUGCAGGUGGUCCCUUUGCGCGCCACCUGGAUCAAGCGCCUGAAUACGAUGCGGCUCUAGACGGUUGUGACAGCGACCAAGACGACGCUGGUCUGUUUGGAAUGCCUGAAGAUGAGGAGGAUGGCGACGAGCAACAUCCAGGACCACGUCAUGAGGACGAUAAUUUCAGCUUUGGAUGUCUUGAUCAAGAUGAUCCUUAG